AUGGGUCACUGUUGCAGUAAGGCCGUCGCCGUCGAAUUCGCCAGAUCCACCAACACCCAUCAGAGAUACAAUCCACAGCUUCCGCCUACUUCGCCGUCCAGCAAUGGAUCUACUAAUGAUCAAAUACAAUCAAAUAAACACACACCAUCUACCUCAUUCUCUAGCAGCCCAUGGCAGAGCACUUACCCUGCCGGCGUUGCUCCAACCCCAUCCCCAGCUAGAACGCCAAGAAGCAUUUUCAAAUGGCCAUUUCCACCUCCAUCCCCUGCAAGACCGAUCAUGGAGGCAAUUCACAACAGACAUGGGCAAUCGAAGCCCAAAGAAAGCCCAAAACCGAAACCGAAAGAUGAAGAUGAAGAUGAAGGUGGAGAAAUAGAAACUCAGUUAGAUAAGAACUUCGGCUAUCCUAACAAUUUUCCGACCAAGUACGAAUUAGGGAGGGAGAUUGGCCGUGGACAUUUUGGCCAUACUUUUUAUGCUAAGGGAAAGAAAGGAGACAUGAAAAAUCAACAUGUCGCAGUGAAGAUCAUUUCAAAAGCUAAGGUUUGUGGUGUGUCUUUGCAUGCAAUUAAUCAUCAAAUACUGUUUUCUUUGUAGAUGACAACAUCAUUAUCAAUUGAAGAUGUUCGUCGUGAAGUGAAGAUACUUAAAGCUUUAUCUGGACAUAAGCAUCUCAUAAAAUUCCACGAGGCCUUCGAGGAUGCUCAAAACGUAUACAUAGUAAUGGAAUUGUGUGAAGGUGGAGAACUCUUGAAUAGAAUUUUGUCAAGAGGAGGAAGAUAUACCGAAGAAGAUGCGAAACGAAUUAUUGUCCAAAUACUAAGUGCUAUUGCAUUUUGUCAUCUUCAAGGCGUUGUACAUCGUGAUCUGAAACCCGAGAAUCUCAUUUUUACCACGAAAGAUGAAAAUUCUCCCAUGAAGAUUAUAGAUUUUGGUCUUUCAGAAUUUAUCAGGCCAGAUCAACGUCUGAAUGAUAUUGUGGGGAGCGCCUAUUAUGUGGCUCCUGAAGUAUUGCAUAGAUCUUAUAGCGUGGAAGCAGAUAUGUGGAGCAUUGGAGUGAUAACAUAUAUACUAUUAUGUGGAAGCAGACCAUUCUGGUCUCGUAAUGAAUCUGGAAUCUUUCGUACAGUUCUAAGAGCUAAUCCGAAUUUUGUUGACCCCCCUUGGCCUUCAACUUCUAAAGAGGCUAAAGAUUUUGUUAAAAGGCUUCUGAAUAAGGAUCAUAGGAAAAGAAUGUCGGCUGCUCAAGCAUUAAGUCAUCCAUGGCUAAAAAGUGAAAACCACGAACCUGCCUUGGUUCUGGACAUUUUGAUUUACAAACAAGUUAAGUCCUACGUUAAUUCGUCGCCUUUAAAACGUGCAGCCAUCAAGGCUCUAUCGAAAGUUUUGACAUCGGAUGAUCUCUUUUACCUUAAGAGGCAGUUUAAUCUGUUGGAACCAAAUGAUGGCGGGUUUAUAUCCCUCGAAAAUUUUAAAAAGGGUCUUAUGAAGAAUUUAACUAAUGCCAUGAUUAAUGCAAGGGUUCAUGAUAUUUUCAAUUCGGUAAUAAUAAAAAUAAUAAUAAUAAUGUAAUAUUUUGUUUAAAUUUAUUUUGAAAACAAUAUUUGGUAUUGGUGAAUGAAGAUGGAGUCAUUGUCUAUAAACAAAAUGGAUUUUGAAGAGUUUUGUGCGGGUGCAAUAAGUGUCUAUCAGCUUGAAGCUGUUGAAGGGUGGGAAAGUAUGGCGGAGGCUGCUUUCGAGUAUUUUGAAAAGGAUGGAAACCGAGCCAUUUCGAUUGGGGAGCUAGCAAAUGUAAGUAGUUUUUAAAAUUGAUCAAAAGUUGAAACCUUAACUUAAAAAGAGGAAAUAAAAUUUGUGCAGGAAAUGAGUUUGGGUUCAGCAACUUACAAUAUAAUAAAGGAUUGGAUUAGAAGCGAUGGAAAGUUAAGUUUCUUAGGUUACACAAAGCUUUUGCAUGGGGUUACUGUCCG